AUGUCUCACAAACCGGAUCCAGUUAUACGCCACUACCGACGGCUUGAAGUCGUGGGUAGAGGUAAGUUUGGUACCGUUUAUAAGGGCCUUGACCUCAACACUAAACGGCUUGUUGCCAUCAAAGUGCUCAACUUGGAUACGGAAGAGGAUGAGGUUCGCGAUGUCCAGAAGGAGAUCCAAUUUCUCUCACAGCUGAAAUCCAUUCCUAAUGUCACUCAUUACUAUGGCUCCUAUUUGAAUGGACAUAAUCUUUGGAUUAUAAUGGAUCUCUGUGCAGGGGGAUCGGUGCGUACGUUACUCAAGCCCGGCCCUUUGGAGGAGAAGUACAUUAGCAUAAUCUCACGUGAAUUGCUUAACGCCUUGAAAUUUAUUCACGAGAAUGGCGUCAUUCAUAGAGAUAUCAAGGCUGCCAACAUUCUUAUCAGCAAAGAUGGCCAAGUGCAGCUUUGCGACUUUGGUGUUGCUGCUCAGCUUACUUCUACCGCCCUGAAGAGAACCACCAUGGCUGGAACACCCUAUUGGAUGGCUCCAGAGGUUAUCACUGAGGGAGCUACAUAUAACGUGAAGGCGGAUAUUUGGUCUUACGGUAUUACAAUAUAUGAAAUGGCGACCGGUAAUCCUCCCUAUGGUGAUAAGGAUGCCAUGCGUGCUCUCCAGAUGAUCGCUCAUCAUGAACCUCCCAGAUUGGAGGGCCGUCAAUAUUCCGGUAUACUGAAGGAAUUUGUUGCACUGUGCUUAGAGGAGAAGCCAGAUCUUAGACCAGGUGCUAGUGAUCUUUCAAGGUCCAAAUUUGUAAGAGCUUACAAGCAGGUACCUAGUACUGUUCUAAAGGAAGUCAUAGGUCGCUACUUGUUAUGGAGAGAUAAACAGUCGUCCCGAGAUAGUCUCUAUCUUGAAGAUGAGGCCGAGAAAGUGCGGAAGGCUAACGAAACACAGUCAUAUGAUGUCAAAUGGGACUUUGACUCACUCAAAUCUGCCGAAUACAUAAUCGAAAACGAUAUAGAGGUGGACGACAUGACAGAUAACGGUACUAACUCCAAGACGAACGGCUAUCAUACUCCUAUAACUUAUCACACACAUAACGAAGUGACCUAUUCUCCUGGACAACAACGCACUCUUGUGCCUGGCGGAGCUAGUACCACGACUCUCGGCCCCGCGGGUGUAUCAGAUAGACCUAUUACACCUGUUACCGCUUCUUCCACUCUUAAUCCUUCCAAUUAUUCGCCUGGAAAACUUACUACUCAUUCGGAGCCUCCAAAGUCGCUCUUGAAAUUAUUUAAUGACGGAGAUGUAGGUGACGAUGACAGAAUCAUCAACGAUCACGAGAGCUCUGUUGCAGAUGAUGGAUUACUGCUCAUUCCUUCAGCAUCCUCCAAGGUGCAAAAAAAUAUCUCGAUUUCGGCAGGCCCACAAGAAAUGGCUCCUCUCUUAGAGGAACGAGAGCCCGCUUUUAUAGAAAUUCCAACUAUUGAAAAGUUAGAGCUUGAUUUCCAAAAGCAGCAGCAGCAACAGCAGCAACAGCCUCUACCACCAACGCAGUCCCACCACCAGAGGUCACGUGCAUCCACAGUGACUUCACUGCACCCUUCCCCCCUACAGAUUGCUACACCUGCUUUCAUUCCUCGUCGCAGUAAUUCGUCAACGGAUUUUCGAUUGUCAAAUAGUCCUGAACUGGCUGCGAUUCGUCACCCUACACUAUCUGGUACAUUGGGACGCAGAACUCCCUCUCCGAAGAAGAAUGCUGGUGAUAGCGCUGGUGUGAGCGAUGGUACCAUAUCAGCGGAUAUCUCCUUACAUGGAUCACCCCUUAGGAAUCCCAAAAGUCCGCCCCAUAUGAAACCACUUGAUACUAACUUCACUCAACCCCUUUUGCAGCCCAUUAAUACAAGCAAGGCUAAUGCUAGUAUGCCACCUGAGCUGCCUUCUGGUUCGCAGACGGCUCCGUCGUUAUCAAACUCGGAUUUACACGAGCAACAGCAGCAGUCAUUGGCCAGAGCCCGAUCUCAGAAAAGAUUGCAGAUGCCUACUCCUGUCUCCUACCAAGGUAUGGAUCUGCAGAACGUGUCUCAGCAGCUUGCAGUAAGAUCAUCUUCUCCUGAUAAGUUGAACCAGUUUGGCGUGAACAUAAACUUGGCAUCGAAUUUACCUCUUGUGAUGACACCAGUGACAGAAAGAGAAGAUUGUGAGAUGCAAAUUCAUGAACAACAGCCCGAGAUCAUACAUUCUAUUAGUUCUCCUUCUCCAGGUACCACCUUUUUCCAUCCUCAACAUUCUCACGCGAUUUAUGGUAUUGAGGAUGGUUCUGAUCUGUCUCCUCAAUCACAAUUGCGAAAGCACUCAGUUUCGUCAUCCUUAAGUGCUCAGCUUAACAAUGCCAAUCAGGAAAAUGCUACUGCUCCUAGCGAGGUGAACCACCAUCGUUACCACAAUAGUGGCCACAGACUGGCAACACAACCGAACGUUUCUUCGAACCAAAUGAUUGUGAAAUUAGCUGAGCUUCAUGUUACUGAAAAUUUCGAUUCACUGAUACCGGGUGCUCUUAUUGGAGAGCCCGCCAUUGAUGCUCAUGGAAACGAGGAGAACAGUAUUUCUGAGUCUGUUGUAGAAAACGGUAAUUUUAUAGGAUUUAACGAGGAUAGAGAAGCGAUGGCAUUAGAAGUUAUCGAGGUGUUUGGUAAAAUCCGCCAAGUGCUGGAUGUGGCAGUUGGCCAGAUUUCCUAG